AUGGCUUCCAACGGAUCCGAAUCGCCAGACGAGUCGUUCUUCAACGACCUGUCCCAACAAGCGCAAGACCAGAAUGCUACCAACGGUCAGGAAACGCAACAGGAUGGAUCAAGCAAGGUCAAGAGAAUUGCCUGUGUUCUGUGUAGGAAGCGGAAGUUGCGAUGCGACGGCACCCGGCCAACAUGUUCGACCUGUAAACGUCUGAACCACGAUUGCGCAUACGACGAAGUACGCAAGAAAAGUGGACCCAAGCGCGGCUACGUCAAGCUGCUCGAACAACGGCUGCAGCAAGUCGAGACCCUCCUCAAGACCCAAGACACGACCGACCCGAGCAAGGAAGCCCCGCGCCAGGACGCCGCUUCCACAUACGUUGCGAAUACCAUAAGUCAAUCGCUGCCGAAUUCUACAAAUGUUCCCAAUACAGCAGGCAAUACUCAGUCGAGAAUUACUGGUGCAAGCCCAUUCCAAAAUACCGGUACAAGCGGAAAUGAUGCGGAGGACACCUCGUGGGAGAUGAUUGGGCUUGGGCUCGAGGAACCUCUACCUCCUCAAGAAAUCCAGGACGAUUUGUACGAGCCGAAUCCUGCCUGUAGCACGAUCAUGACAAACCUGCCAGCAAGCGAAGAAGCGUUCGACAAGAGUAAGCCCAUGGAUACUGGAUCACUGGACCAAUUACUCAAUCCUAAUGGCGUGCAAAACCUUCAACCACUUGGCGGUAUCGUCCUUACAGCUGCAAUGUUUGGCCGUAAUCUGCUUCAUUUACAUCGACCACUGUCAGAUGACAACGAGAACGAUAUCAAUGGCGGAUUCUGGAAUCGACAUCGAAGCAUCGAGCGUAUACUUCUGCAGACCUCGCUGAGCCUGCCGGAUAGCAUCCGCCUGCCAUCCGGUAUAGCCGAACCCAACGUAGUGUUCACGAACAUGUGCAUACAUACGUCGGCAAUAUGUCUUCACCAAGCAGCCAUCUUCAAAGCAGACAAAUUCCGGCUACCAGCAAGCGUCAGCAAUGAAAGCAAGAUUCGUUGCGUAACAGCAGCAGCCGAGAUUGCUUCCAUCAUGCGGAUGAUCAGUCAUAUGGACCUCGGUUCAACGCGGCCGAAAGACCAACAGAUGAAAUCCUCGUUACAAUUCCUCUUACAGGCGAUGGAAGCUCUUCGACGGAAGAACCCACUCACAGAGUCGUUCUUGGUGCAAUUAGAUCUUGAUCUAGAGGGUGCAGGUCUGCAGGGCAUGCGUCAUCAGCCAUACACACAGCCCACGCGCAAACCUACCAUCAUUUCGAUCCAUUCUGAUCCGCAAAUCGCCUGCAGUCCGUUAAUCAAUAUACGCGAACCGAAUCAACCUGCCGCACCCCCCAGUACGUUCGGGAACGGCAUUCCAACCACAUCGGCAUCGACUUCCAAUACGCAAUACUCGAGCAGCGCCCCUGCUCCGCCAUUCCAACUGCACAAUAUCGACAGUAUCGACAUGAACGCGCACAAUGCGACCUUCUUACCCUCUCAAUUUGAUUCAAACAGAGGCUUCGGGAGUACUGCAGCUCAAGCCUUCGCGCCCUCCGGCGGCUUUACUUUCCAGGACAACGAGAUGGACCUCUCCGGAGGCGAUAGGGGUGUCGAUCAGCCCAGCCCCGCCACAAUAAGCUCACAGUCAAGAGGAGGCUCGACGUCACAUUCUUCUUACUCACCAGGCCAACCAAUCGAACACAACAUGCCAUACCGGGCAUCUCCAAAGAUGACGGGGCCAGGCUCUGGCAGCGUCUUCCCAGACCUCGCAGCUAAUGGAGGAACAUUUCCUACAAAUGGCUUCAAUCUACCUAGAAACAUGGGCAACGAAGCUUAUACUGAUGGCUUCGUAAUGGGUAACGAAUGGGAAUACGCAGCGUUGAACGCGGGGACAGGCCUGACGCCCAUGGCAGACGCGUCCUGGGAUUCGAUGUUGGAAAGCGUCACGAUGGGAUGGGAUUCAGUUGGCCCUGGGCAUGAGAAUCAACCGAAUGCUGCUGGAGUAUGA